UUGGGGCAGCCCCUCAAAUAUUGGAAUACUGCUAUCAUGUCACCCCUAGUCCUUCUUUUCUCUAGAUUAGCCAAACUCAAAAACUUAAUUGCAUUUGAUACUAGCUACUACAACUUUGAAUAUACGGUGUUGCCUUUUGCUUGGUGAUUUGUGGGACAGUGUUCUCCAGAUUCAGAGGUGAAAUGUUUUCUGACAUUUAGACAAGUAUGUAGUGCUGUAUUUUGACAUUUUUUCCUGAUGUUUGUUCUGUCCCAGCCUACUUACAUCCUUGUUACUUCACAAGGCAACCCCUCUUUUAACAGUAGGCUGGACAAACCAACCCUUUUUAUUUGAUAUACAGUUCUGAUCAUUUCCCCACAAAACAAAAGCAGCAGAACAUUUUUCCAACGGAUAGUUUGUUCAAAAGCAAAACAGAGCAUGAGUCAAAACAAGAAAUAAUUCACAGGCAAAACAAACAGACCAUGAUCCCUUGACACUGAAGUUCUUUGCAAAUGGUUACCUCCAGCAAUCAGCCCUGCCCACACAUUCCCUUUUUGUUAAGCAGCCCCCAAGGCAGGGCUUCUCACUGCUUCUUCCUUCUCCCAUUGCCUCCCUCUGAUUUACUCGUGUGACCUGUGUCUCUGAGAUCUUCCAGGUGUGCUUCCUCCGAGUCUUGACUCAUCCUCCCAGCACAGCUGGCUUACAGCUUGAUCACGAGUGGAGGGGCCAGGUUCUUCCUCACUUUAACCAACGUCCCGCAGGUUUUCCCCCUGGACCACGGAGGCUGCCCCUGCUUGGGAAUCUGCUUCAGUUCAUUAAGAGGGACCCACUGAAGGAGUUGGAUCACUUGCCCUGGAUAAACAUCCUAAAAUGGCCAAGCUGGUGCCCAUCAUUUCCCAGAAAGAUCUCGAGAACAUUUCCCUGAGUCAGACGGGCUUUGGCAUCUCGCUGAAGGCUUUCCACAUGGCUUGGCGCACAGAUGUCUCUGUGAAGCUGUUGAGUAACCAGAGAGCAGGAGAAAGAGAUUUCAAGGCCCUGCUUCAAGAAGCAACAAACAUUCAACAUUUACAAUGCAACCAUCUCUUGCCUCUUUUGGGUAUUUGCCAGUUCCAAGGUUUCCUUGGGGUUGCAACAACAUGGAUGCACAAUGGAUCUCUCUGUUUGCUCAUUCAUGAUCGUGAACUCUAUCCAGAGCUGCCUGUUCCUUUGGCCAUAAGGAUCCUGUCAGAUGUUGCCAACGGUCUAAGUUAUCUUCACAGUUUGGAGCCUCCUGUCCUUCACCACAAUCUCAAACCUUCCAAUGUGUUGUUAGAUCUAGAAUAUCGAGCUAAGAUCUCUGAUUUUGGCCAACCCACCUGGAGAAAACAGCAGCUGAGGGCAGCUUUGGAAAACUGUAGCAACAGUAGUUGCUGGGAUUUGCUCUGCCUGUCUCCUGAAAUGCUGCAAGGAGGCCCAUUCUCACCUGAAGGAGAUGUUUACAGUUUUGGGAUGAUGUGUUGGGAACUCCUAAGUCGACAAAAGCCACUGACAGGAAAAAAGACUUUGCUUCAAGCUGUGACUGGGGUCUGCAACGGUCUGCGACCAGGGAUUGAACCGGCAUUCAUCCCAAAUGGCUUGUCUCAUCGGAACAGGCUGGUCCGGCUCAUGCUUCUCUGCUGGCAUCAAGAACCCCACUGUAGACCUAGCACUGCAGAAUGUGCGGCAUUUCUAAAGGAUAUCCUUGAUACCUUUCCGAAGGAGAGGAUUUCUGAUGCAGUUUACAACCUGAUUCAUGCCAAGGAAUGUGCAAUUAAUGCUGCCAAAGGUCCAGUUUCUCACCACCUUGAAACAGGGAGGCGCAAUUUAGAGAUCGUCUGUCCUCAGAAUAACAAUGUACCCAACAAGGAAAUUGUGUUAAAACCACAGAGUUUAUCAUGUGAAACAGGAAGUCCAGGGAAUAAAGUGAACCAGACAAUCCUUGUCAGUAAGACUCCUCAACAGGCAGCCUUCAAAAGAGAUCCAUCUAUGGGUGCCAGCAGUGGAUCAAGUCCUCCAUCCAUCGUCCUUCCACCCCAUUCAAAGAUGAGCAACAAUAAAACUAGGCCCUGCAGCAAUGAAUCCAAAGGUCAUCAGCCUCUAUUUCCACAAAAAAUGGGAGAACCAGACUAUCCCAAGAACUGUCCAGACAGUUGGCCCAAUGGCACAUUGAUAGGUCCUCCCAGCAAAGAAAAAAACUGCUCCAUUCUCACUUUGGGGCGAGAAGCCAUCUUGAGCUCAAUGACCGAAGGGCGUUUGAACCACCUCCUGGAUGUCCUACGUGCCCAGCAGCUCUUACCCAGGGCAGAUUAUGAAAUGAUCGCCUCAUACCCGACUUUGACGGGACGGACCCGUGCUUUGAUUGACACUUGUCUGAGUUUGGGGGAAAAUGCUGCCGAGACUGUCGUGACUAUAUUAUCCAGCAGUAAAGGCUGCCUUUUGCUGAGAAGGCUCCAAGUAAACCUUGUGAAUUAAACCUGAAUCUCCGUUCGGUUUACACUGUGGCCUUAUCAGUCCGAGGGAUGCCUGGAGUUACUUUUCAGAGAUGUUCAUCCUCUUUAAAUACGUCCAUAAAUGCCUGGAUUGGAUGAAAAGAAUGGGCUGCCCGCUGAGGAAAAGCAACACGAUUUGCUAUUUUGGGCAAGAUAUUGGCCUGAGGAGGCUCUCAACUUUCCUGUUUUUUUCCUUAACGGCAGCAGAGCACAAGCUUUUUAUUUUCACGUUGUGCGAAAGCGGAUUGUGGAGCUGUGGGAAAUAAAAAGUUGUUGAAGGACAGGGCUUUCCCAGUAAACCACAGGGAGUAAAAGCAAUGUUGCUAAUGGCGUCAAGCAAGAAGUAAGGCAGUUCACCUUCGGGAGCCCAUUACACCUUUGGUUCUCUGCACCUGAAAUCAAGGUGGUGUGAAGCGAGAGAGAUUCAAGUGUUCAGAUUCUUCCCAAAUGAGGAACGUGGAUGCUCAAUACUCAGCUGGGAUGACUCCUCUGCAAAGGAUCAGAGAAUAAUGGAAAACUAUGUUGGUCAUCUCACAACUGUGUAAUGAAGCAGGUUUGGUGUUGGGAGAUCUCCUGCAAAGUUAUAUCGGAAUUAAUUGAAGAUUUGUGGGUUCACUUUCAGAAAAUGUAAACAUGCAGAUGUAAAUACAGUAUCUGUUUUACGUUUGCAAAAUCAUACAGUUAAAAAAAUAAACUCUAUGCUGCGUUCAUGCAUUUUAUUCAGCCAACUUUCUUAACCAUAUCCUUUCUGAAUAAGCUACAAUAAAGUAUGUCUAUUUAGCUUUAGAUUUAGACUGUGCUUGCCAAAAAUCCGACGUCAUAAACAAUCCAAACCAA